UACCAAUUAUUUAUUGUUUAUAAUCAAAUAUCAUAGCAAAAUGGAGGAAGAAACCUGUGCAAUAAAGAGUCUGCCCAACGAAAUAAUAACAUUAAUACUAGAUAGAAAUGAUAUCCGCGAUAUUCUACGGUUCGGUGCAACUUGCAAGCGAUUCCACGACUUCGUGAGGAGUAAUCAAUACUUAUGGAAAGAUAUGACUAAACAAACGUUGCCAGCGGCUCUAUUUAAGAUACUUGAAGAAUAUACUGAAGGAGAUUGGUUGGUUGACCUGAAAGGGUAUCACACAGUGAAGAAGCAGGUGUAUUUGGAGCUUAUUGCAAUGUCACCACAAUUUUAUGGGCGGGAUAAUGAUAUUAACAUUCAGGAUGUGAGACCCUUCUUUAAAGCAGCCCUGGUAAACAGAUUCAGCUUCAAUUUUGCAAUAUACAUUCUACAGGAUGUAAUCAGAAAAGGCAAUACUAUGAUUAAUAAUAAUUGCAAGACAGUCAUAAAGCCCUUCACAUUGACGGAAAUGCACUAUGCGAAGAUUGUUCUGAGGCAUUUAAUUCACACGUUCCUAUCUCUAAAGUGGGUGAGGGCUCAUGUGAACAAUGAACUGUCACCCGAGGCUGUCUGUAACUUCUUCAUUCAGUGGGUUGACACACUCCACAUACACCCUGAUGAACAUAUUGACAUAAGGAUAAAUGACUUGGUUGAGAAAGUAAAAAUUAUUUUGUGUGAAGAUGAAAUUAAAAAGGCAGCCGUAGAAGACGACGUGGAGAAGCAAAGGAUUACCGAGAGAGAUAUUUUAUCGGCCGUUACGCAAGUGGUGUAUCAUGACCGGCAUAUGGCCAUUACCACUGCAGCUAAUUUGGACACCCUGGAUAUUGUCAAGGUCCUCGACAACAAAUGUGGUAAUGUGCUAGUGGUUACUGCGAUCUACCAGGCAGUGGCCAAGAAAUGCGGCGUGAACUGCGAGCUCAUCGCGUUCCCCAACCACCUGUUUCUGGAGUGGCGCGAUAACUCCGAUCCUAAAAACCCGCAGGUGUACACAGUGGAGCCUUCCAGCGGGGAGCUGAACCGUCGCCGCCGCUGCCCGUUCUCGCAAAACGGGCCGACGACCAACUAUAGAUAUUGCCCGGAUUCCCUGCUCCAGUACAUCUGCUCGUCAUUCCACAUGAGCAUGGGAGCUAUUCGUAACUGGAAUACACUCAAUGCUUUGCACCUAUUGGAUUUCCUGGGAUCGAAUCGGAGUACACACAGUUCAUACAAGAAUUUCCUGCCUUAUUUACUUGACCCAACCCAUAUGUCAGCGAUGACCUCUCCUCUCAACCUGAAGCACUUGAGCACUCCCCAUAUCGAGAUAAUUAGAGCGCUCUCCAGGAAUGAAGUGCCCGUCGAUUGCUACAAGAAGCGAUUCUCUAUAAGACAUCGUACGGGUAACGUGAAGUACGCCGUGGGCAUGACGUGCUACCACACCAGAUACGACUACGUGUGCAUAGUUCGCAGCUGGGACCUGCACUGCGCGCUCAAGUGGCAGAGCCAGAUGACUGCCGAGAGCCUGUACUUCGGCGUCAUGCAGCCGUUCUACAACGUCAUCGCGGCUGACCAGUCGGAGCGUUAUGUGCCCCAAGAAUUCCUAAAGGAAUUGGAUCGGCCCAACCGUCUCUACCACCUCGAGGAAGUGAUAGCGACGGAGUUCACCCAUUUCGACGGUUUCGCGUACGUCCCCAACGACGAGAAGCGGGCGGAGUUCCCGGACGACGAGCCCGUCGUGAACGUGUACCGCGAGCGAGCCGAGCUCCUCAACUAA